GAGGGCUGUGGCCGCAGGUGACGCCGAGGCGGCGGGAGGUACGGUGAGCGGAGCUCGGCGUCUGCACUUUCGGGCACUCCCUCCGCCCCUUUCUCUGCGGUGGAUGGCGGCGGGAUGGAGCGCGAGGGGAGCGGCGGCAGCGGGGGCUCGGCCGGGCUCCUACAGCAGAUCCUCAGCCUGAAGGUGGUGCCGCGGGUGGGCAACGGGACCCUGUGCCCCAACUCCACCUCCCUCUGCUCCUUCCCAGAGAUGUGGUAUGGUGUGUUCCUGUGGGCACUGGUGUCUUCUCUCUUCUUUCAUGUCCCUGCUGGAUUACUGGCCCUCUUCACGCUCAGACAUCACAAAUAUGGUAGGUUCAUGUCUGUAAGCAUCCUGUUGAUGGGCAUCGUGGGACCAAUUACUGCUGGAAUCUUGACAAGUGCCGCCAUUGCCGGAGUGUACCGCGCAGCAGGGAAGGAGAUGAUACCAUUUGAGGCCCUCACCCUGGGCACGGGACAGACGUUCUGUGUAGUGGUGGUCUCUUUUUUACGGGUUUUAGCUACUCUAUAGCAUAUACUCUCUAUGGUAUGAGGCUAAGCUCUGUUUUAUAACAGCCUCAGAAGGAAUACAUUGGAGGAGUAUUUUCUUAGCUCUCCAAAUGGAAGCAAUGUGGAUGAAUAGGAAUCUGAACCACAUCUCCGCCUCUUCUUCAACUUGACACGCCAGCCAUCAAAGGUCUCUAUGGACUCCUGUUAUUCCCAACCAAGACAGAACAAGUUGCUUGCUUUUCUUUCUAUGGACAUUUAAUUGAAGAACUUUUACAUGCACACCUUGACUCAAGCCAAGCCAUCAUCGCUUCUGGAUUGUAUCCCUUGCCACUUGAAUUUCCAGUAGUCUGUGAGGAAAUGCAGAGUCUCUCACCUCUUUCAGAGCAACUAUGGAAACUACUGGCUCAUUUCAAGUGUGAGUACUCUGUGCUGAAAUCUUAGUUGACCUAAACUUGAUUAAAAUCUGAAAACUCCUUUUGCGACAGCUUCAUGAUGAUAACACCAAGUUUCAGUUGAGUCUAGCUGUGAGAACAAAUUUAGUGAACUAUAACAGGAAAACAAUCGAGUAACUCAAGGAAAUGGCUUUGGUCCCACUGAGAAUGUGAUAUUUUAUGGAAAACUGCCUUGACCUCUGGUUAUUUAUUUUAAGAGAUGUGAACUUAACUGUUUUGUACAUUUGGCCAAAAUAAGCUAGUUAAUUCAGAUGCUGGGUUUGUUUUGGUUUUUCUUUUCCCAAGGGAAGGUCUUACUGUGCAUGUGGUCCAGGCUGGCCUUAACCUCACAAUC